AUGCAUCUUCCCUUGGAGUGUGGUUCUGAGCUGGGUGGCAGUCAGUCUGACAGUGAGGAAGGAGGAGCAGAAAAGGCACCACUAGCAGCAGCAGCAGCAGCAGCAGCAGCAGCAGCAGCAGCAGCAGAAGGAGCAGAAGCGGUGGUGGUGGUGAUUGCUGGGAAGGAGCAGGGGGGUGUUCCAAGCGCCCUCCCCACGACACCCAUCCCCACUUCACCCGGCACAAAGGUUCUGCUGCGGUCGCUGCAACACCUGGUUCUCUCCAACAGUCACCAUAUUUCCCAGCUGCCUCCCUCCCUCACACUCCUCCUCCACCUCUCCCACCUCACCCUAUUCCACCUCCCGCUUCUCUCCUCCCUCCCCACAGACAUACACCACCUGCCCUCCCUCCAGGAACUCAAGAUUGAUUCUUGCCAUGCCAUCUCCUCCCUCCCCCCGACGCUCCUCCUCCUCCCGUCCCUCACACACCUCGAACUGGACUGCCUCAAUUCACUCAACUCCAUCCCUUCUCCCCCUGUCCGUCCACCCCCCUCCCUGUCUCCCACAUCCUCCACACGCUCUCGCUUCCCGAUUCGCUCCAUUGUUCUGCGCUCCCUGAGGCUGGUUUCGCUCCCCUCGUGCUUCCCACUCCUGCCCCAUCUCACGUCUCUCUACCUGUUCGGUAUGCAACAGCUGCGCUCAAUUCCUUACUCCUCCUACACUGAUGCUGGUGAUGGUGAUGAUGAUGAUGGUGCUAGUGAUAUUGACGCAGCUGGUGAUGAUGAUGUUGCCGCUGAUACUGCUGGUGAUGAUGAUGAUGCUGCGGGAACAGAGCGACAGGGGGGGGAUAGUGGUGCAGAUGAGGAGGAAAGAGAGGGCUCUGAGGGUUGGGGGGGGAGUGGAGAGGACGAAGCAGAAGUGGAGGGAAGUGAGGGAAGCAGGGAAGAUGAGGAGGCUGAAACAUCCGAUCUGAGAGGGAGUGAUUCAAGUGGAGAACACAGGGGGUGCAUGGAGGAACGAGGGCAGGCGGAAAAGCAGCAGGGGGGAUUAAGGGAAGAGGGCGGUGAUGACGAUGCUGCUGCUGGGGGGGGCGGCAGUGAAGAAUCGGAGCAUCAGAGUUUGUGGCACGAUCUGUUGCAGUAUGGGGAGCUCAUGGAAUGGCGGAGCUUGCAAAAGUUGACUCUGGAUUUCUGUUGCAACCUGGAGUACUUACCUCCCUCGUUACAGUAUGCACCGCAGUUAAGGGAAGCGCAUGUUCGGAAUUGUAUACGUCUUGAAGGGGAACGCGGGAUAUGGUAG